AGCUUCGCCAUUCUCCACAAAGGCGGUGUGGGCUGGGCUGCUUCCGUCCCAAGUCAGCGAGUCGCUGAGUCCCCCGUCCCUCCCCGACGCUUCCGGCUUUCCGUGCCCUUUUCCUCCUCUCGCAGCUCGCAGGCGCAACCGAUUCCACCCGUUCCUUCGGGUGGCCAGACGAAUCGAGGAGGGGGGGCAGGAUGGCCUCCGACGGCCACCCGCCGGAGCCGGGGAAGAAGGAGGAGGUCACCUCCACGGCCGCCGGGCCUGGAGCCAACGAUCUGGACGACCCGCAGUUCAUGUGCUGCGUCUGUCUGGAUCUUCUGUACAAACCAGUAGUUUUAUCAUGUGGUCAUAUGUCAUGUUUCUGGUGUGUCCACAAAGCUAUGCAUGUUUUCCUGGAAUCCCAUUGCGCUGUGUGUAGGCAGCCCUAUAUACACUUUCCGAGUAUCUGUCAGCUCUUGCAUCAUUUGCUUCUAAAGCUUGAAACUACUGAUUACAAAAGAAGGGAAAAAGAAGUACUAGAGGAAGAGAAGCGCAUAGAAACAUACUCUCCCCAAAUCAUUGAGUUUUUGAACUCCAAGAAUAAUGUUGGAAGCGAUGGGGACAACAGAAAUGAAGACAGUAAAGCUAGACCCCCACAAGAAGUUUCAUUGAAUGGCAGCACUUCGGAUGAGCAUUCGAAGAAAAUUAAGUUGGAGGAUGUUUCAUGCCCUCUCUGUACGGAGAUGUUGUAUCAACCUGCCGUUCUUAAUUGUGGUCAUGUGUAUUGUGUAUCCUGUUUGUCGUCCUUGAAUGAGGAAACACUGAAAUGCCAUGUUUGUGGAAGUCCUCACCCGGGAGAUUUCCCUAAUGUUUGCCUGGACCUUGAUCAUUUCCUGGAAGAAUACUUUCCAGCAGAAUAUGAAUCGAGAGGGCAGAAAGUUCAGUUUAAGAAGGAUCAGUGCAAUCGUGAAGCAUCAUCUUCAGGUACUUCAGUCAGAAAAGGAAGCACUAGGGCACUGCAUGAUGAGGGCAUGUUAAAUAUUCACAUUGGAGUAGGAUGUGACUCAUGUGGGGUAUAUCCGAUACGUGGUAAGAGAUACAAAUGCCAGGACUGCACUGAGUUAAUUGGGUUUGACCUUUGCGAAGCCUGCUACAACUCCAGUUCAAAGCUCCCAGGACGCUUUAAUCAGCGGCACACCCCUGAUCACAGAAUGGAAGUUGACAAUUCAGCACUCUUGCGUGGGAUACUGAGACACCAUGGCAUGCCCGAGGAAGGCCCUGAGGGACUGAUGAUGGAAGAAGCGGUGGUUGCUCCUGGUGCAUUCUUGCAGAUACUCGUUGAUACUCAAGGAAUGGAGGAGGGCAAUAAUGAGGGCCCAGGAGAGGCGGCCAUUGAAGAACCAGUUGGUGCUCCUGGAGCGAUGUUGAAUAUAGUCAUCCAUGAUCAAGAAAUGGAGGGCAACGAGGAGGAUCAUGCACUCUAGAUGCAAAUUGCACAGCUGCAGCGAAGCCUUUGUUUUAUGUUUGCUGGGGCAUGCUACAAGUAUGUGAUGUGAAAUGGAGGGAUUGCACAAGCUUAGGUAUGGCUGGAUCGGCUUUGUUCAUAUUCCUGUUCUCUAGUUACUGCCAUCUAAUGGCCAUAUGAUUUUAUUUUCCCUGCUUCUGUAAAUCCGUGCAGUUGUUUGUUUCAAAGGAAAAUGCAAUAAGGAUAUGCAGAACUGUAUUGGUAAAUCUGUACCUGCUUGCUUCAGUGGGAUGAACUGCGUGAACGAAAAUAAAUUGCCAACUCGUCCCGGCGGUAACGCUUUUAAAAA